GAUCCCAAAGUGACAAUGAAGCCUCACUCAGGGACCCUGAUCAUUGACAUCAGUGGAGGACAAAAAGCUGAGGCCUAUGAGGGGGUAUACCAAUGCACUGCCCGGAACAAGCAUGGAACCGCUGUGUCAAACAAUAUCGUCAUCCGUCAGUCCAGAUCACCUCUGUGGUCUAAGGAAAAGAUUGAUCCAUUCAUCGUGCAGGAAGGGGCUUCCCUUGUUCUUCCAUGCAGACCUCCUGCUGGACUUCCCCCUCCCAUCAUAUUCUGGAUGGACAUGAGUUUCCAGAGAAUCCCCCAGAGCCGACGAGUUUCUCAGGCGCUGAAUGGAGACCUGUAUUUCUCCAACGUGAUUUUAGAUGAUUCCAGAAAUGAUUAUAUCUGCUAUGCUCGCUUUCCCCACACCCAGACCAUCCAGCAGAAACAGCCAAUCACCGUGCGGGUCAUUAAUAUGGAUGCAAUCAAUGAGACAAUGGCAGCUUUUUUGAAUGACACUGAUUUUUUUAGUGAUGGUCCAUCUGAAGAGCGGCGGCCAAUGUUUCUGGUUCCAUCCGAAACUGGCAGCACUAAGAUGGUUCUGAGGGGACAGGUUCUGGAAUUGGAGUGCAUAGCCGAGGGACUACCAACUCCAGAGAUUUCGUGGAGUAAAGUCAGUGGUGAGUUUCCAAGUAAGAGAACUACCUUCCACAACUUCCAUAAGACCUUGCGUAUCACUGAUGUCUCAGAGGCUGAUGCUGGAGAGUAUCGCUGCACGGCUAAAAACCGUCUGGCUUCAGUCCACCACAUCAUCGGCGUGACAGUGAAAGCGGCCCCAUACUGGAUCACUGCCCCGAGGAAUCUGGUCCUGGCCCCAUCUGAGACAGGUGUUCUCACCUGCCGAGCUGGAGGGAACCCCAAACCCACCAUCACUUGGUCCAUGAAUGGAAUCCCUAUUGAAAAUUCUCCCAAAGAUCCCAGUAGAAAGGUAGAGGAUGACACCAUCAUUUUCACUGACGUUCGGACUGGAUCCAGUGCAGUUUACCAGUGCAAUGCCUCUAAUGAAUAUGGCUACUUGUUAUCUAACGCUUUUGUCAAUGUUCUUGCUGAGCCACCAAGAGUCUUGACACCAUCUGACAAAGUGUAUCAAGUCAUUAUGAACAAACCUGCUCUACUGGACUGUGCUUCUUUUGGCUCCCCCAUACCAAGAAUCACAUGGUUUAAGGACACUCGUUCCAGUGUUCUGGAAGGUGACUCCUAUGUGUUUCACCAAAAUGGAACCUUGGAAAUCCAUGUAGCUCAGACCACCAACAGUGGCAAGUACACCUGUGUGGCCACAAACUCUCUAGGCAUUUCUGAGAACCAUGUCUACCUUGAAGUCAAAGAGCCAACUAGGAUCCUCAGGCAGCCAGAAUACUGGGUAGUACAAAGGAAUCGGGAUGUGGUGUUUGAGUGUAAAGUGAAACAUGACCCCUCCCUUACCCCCACCAUGAUCUGGCUCAAAGACAAUGGAGAAUUACCGGACGACGAGAGGUUUGUGGUUGACUCAGACAGUCUCACCAUAAUUGAUGUUACGGAGAAUGAUGAGGGCACCUACACAUGCAUUAUGAACACAACUCUAGACCAGGACUCUGCCAGUGCUUCUCUAACCGUAGUUGAGGCUACCCCAACUCCAGCUAUCAUCUAUGAACAACCUGAUGCCCCUACUGACCUGGAGCUGACGGACCAGAGAGACCGGAGUGUCCAACUCACUUGGAUCCCAGGAGAUGAGCACAAUAGCCCAAUUAAAAAAUUCCUCAUUCAGUAUGAGGACGCGCUUCAUCAGCCUGGCAUCUGGCACAAUCUGACAGAGGUUCCUGGAAUCAAGACAACAGCCCACCUCAAACUCUCCCCUUACGUCCAGUACACCUUCAGGGUCCUGGCCCUUAACAACGUGGGCUACAGUCAACCCAGCUACCCAUCACGUUCAUACAAGACCAAAGCAGCAGCACCUGAUGAGAACCCUAGUGAAGUGGAAGCCAUGGGAACUCAUCAUGACAACCUAGUCAUAUCCUGGAAACCAUUGACGGGUCUGCAGUCCAAUGGCCCUGGCCUACAGUAUAAAGUCAUGUGGAAACAAAUGGAUGUAGAGAACCAGUGGGCAUCUGUGACUGUUGCCAAUGUCUCAAAGUUUGUGGUGUCAGGGACGCCCACCUUUGUGCCUUAUGAGGUGAAGGUGCAGGCGUUGAAUGAUUAUGGGUCGGGUCCAGAGCCGAAAGUGGUCGUUGGCUAUUCAGGAGAGGAUUUCCCUUUGGCAGCUCCCAACAAUGUGCAGGUCUUCGUCCAGAAUAGCACACUGGCAGAGAUUCACUGGAUGCCUGUCCCCCCAAACUCUGUGCGGGGAAGACUGAAAGGCUACCGGGUGUAUUACAUGAAGCAGAGGGACCAGCACAAGCACAAUGGUCACCACACGGAGCAACAGGUGCUCAACUUCAGUGCUAACAAAACUCAUGGCAAACUGCCUGGCCUGCACCCUUACAGUUCUUACAAGCUCAAUGUCCGAGUCUUCAACAACCGUGGCGAGGGCCCUCCCAGCCCUACUCUACAAUUUGAAACCCCAGAAGGAGUUCCUGGUCCGCCAGCAUUCCUGAAGGUAACAAAUCCAAACCUGGACUCACUGACACUGGAAUGGGGACCUCCUAAUGAACACAAUGGAAAACUGACAGGAUAUACCCUCAAAUACCAGCCAGUCAAUAACACCAAUGAGCUGGGUCCACUGGAGGAGCUAGCCCUGGCAGCCAAUGAGACCAGUGUCACUCUACCCAACCUCAAGUACAGCACACGCUACAAGUUUUAUUUCAAUGCCAAAACACUCAUUGGACCAGGGCCUUCCAUUACGGAGGAGGCCAUCACAGUUAUGGAUGAAGGGCUCCCAGAACCCCCCCACCCACUCUCCCCAACAUCCCAGUCUCCACGCCCCCCUCACCACAAGGCGCAUCCGGUCUCUCCAGCCUUUGGGAAUGUUAGUUCAUCUGUGGGCGAGGAAGGAGCGAUUAUCAGUUGGGAAUACUGGGGACCAGAAAAGCAUGUUUAUGUUGAAUAUAUUGUAGAAAACAGUCAAGAAGACUGGAAAAAGGAAUUGGUAAACGGCUCACAGUCCCAUGUUCUUAAGGGCUUAAAGGAAGGGCUGGCAUACAAAGUACGCGUGGUCGCUAUGGGUCAUGCCGACCAAACUGUUCACCGUUCCGAAGAGCUUUUGGUCACAGUCCCAGCCAUGGCCAGCAGACAGGUGGACAUUGCCACUCAGGGUUGGUUCAUAGGCCUUAUGUGUGCCAUUGCUCUCCUCAUCCUUGUCCUCCUCAUCGUCUGCUUUAUCAAGAGGAAUAAGGGAGGCAAGUACCCAGUCAAAGAGAAGGAGGAUGCACACGCAGACCCGGAGAGCCAGCCCAUGAAGGACGACGACGUGACCUUUGGGGAGUACAGUGACUCUGAGGACCAUAAGCCUUUAAAAGGGAGCCGCACCCCGUCCAAUGGGACGGUAAAACGAGACGAAAGUGACGACAGUUUAGUUGACUACGGGGAAGGCGGAGACGGACAAUUCAACGAGGACGGCUCGUUUAUUGGGCAGUAUAGUGGAAAGAAGGAGAGGGACACAGCAGAGGGUCAUGAGAGCUCAGAGGCGCCCUCCCCAGUUAAUGCCAUGAACUCUUUUGUGUAA